AAACUCUUGUAGAAGGAAAAAUUCCAGUCAAAGCAUUAAUAGAUACAUCCUCAAAGUUUAAUACUAUUAGCAAGAGGCUGUUCAAUAAACUUAAAUCGAACCAUGGAAUGCGCCCUAGCUAUGGUCCUGCUGAGUGUCUCUAUGGAGACAUAAUAGGUGAGAUAAAUUGCUUAGAUUUACAGUUUUGCUAUAAAGGAAAAUGGCAAAGUUUAGAUUAUACCGAUGCAAUAUACUUCAAAAUUCGCAAGAAUCCAACAUUCGAUCUGGUAUUGGGUCGAGGGUGGCUGUGGGUACAUGAAGUUAAGAUGAACUUUAAAUUAUUUUCUAAAGGAAGCCAUGAUCCUCAUGCUAAAAUUGAGAUAGACGGUAUGAGUAUCCCAUUAAUCGAUAAAGAUUUUAACAAAGCCAUCUCCACUAAAAAUAACUUAUCUAUUGCAAAGCAGGCCGUUAGGCAAUUCUCCGAAUCACGGGACUUUGUCCCUAAAUCAACAGAAUCUAAACCUGGUCUAGAUCAAGAGGAGAGUAAGAAAAAUAAGGUCAAAUAUUCCAUGGAUACUUCUUCCAAUUCAGAUAGUUCGAACAGCGAUUCUGGUAAUUCUUCCACAUCUAGUUUGGAAACACCCCAUUCGAAAACGUAA